AUGCAUUGUUACAAAUGGCUCUCACUCGCACUGACCCUGGCUCAGCUUGGGCCCUGUUUUCCCUGUACGCACAAGUGUAACCCCGAUGACUUGGAGCAAGCAUUUGUGAGACGUCAGAGAGUGAAACAUGGCGGGGUCCGGAACCUGCUGGUUGUACAGGAAGAACUGAUGUUAACACAUUCUUUGAAAUCGGGCCAGGUACAGUAACUCUUUCUGUGGGAGGUUUAACAUCUCGUUGAGGUGUUGAUUAGUACCUGCUUGCUUUUCUAAAUCUUCCCUCAAUCUGGCCUUGUGAAAGAACAGUCUCCUUGAAGCCUUUCUUCUGAGAUGUGCAGCAAUAUACAGCAAUACCCGAAGAAUAAGCACCAUCUUUGCCCUUCUUGCACUGUUUAACGAUCUGCUCCAUGUUUUCAAAGAUGCUUUAGCAUCAGAGAAUCUGAAAGAUCUCCUGUCCAGGUUUUACUUGGGACUGGAGGACUUGGUCAGAGAGCCAUGUAAGAUUCUGUGUUAGGACUGUCAGACAGGCAGGAUCAUCCACAGGUCAGAAUGAUGACUCAAGACUCAAUGUGCAGUCAGCUUUUUCAUUCAGAAAAGGAAAACACAGCAGAGUUCACUCAGGCUCAUCUGCCCUAGUUGAAGACAUUGUUGGGGCUGGCAUCUGUCCCCUCCUUCCCUCUUUAUUUUUUUUUUUUUAAAUGAUAUUUAUUAAAGUUUCACAAAAAUACAGAAAACAAAGAAAAAAGUAUAAAUUACAGCAAAAAAGUAAAAAGUAAGAAAAAACAUACAAAAUAAAACAAUUAAAAACACAAUGAUGUUCCAUAACCUAUCUUCCUUACUCUUAUUUCCCCAGACCUCCUCAUACCUCCCUUCUUUGUAUUCCAAUUCAGUUUGUUGGUUCAGCAAAUCCUUACCAUUAAUCUUUUACCCAAUUGUUAACCUUUUUUUUCAUGUCUCUUAAAGCAUUACAGCUAAAAACCUCUUAAUUUCUAUCCAACAUCCUUCUAAAGUUCCUUAAUUUUACAAUAUUUCUGUAAAUAGUCCUUAAAUUUUUUCCAAUCUUCUUUCACCGACUCUUCUCCCUGGUCUCGGAUUCUGCCAGUCAUUUCCGCCAAUUCCAUGUAGUCAAUCACCUUCAUCUGCCAUUCUUCCAAAGUGGGUAGAUCUUGUGUCUUCCAAUACUUUGCGAUAAGUAUUCUUGCUGCUGUUGUAGCAUACAUGAAAAAGGUUCUGUCCUUCUUUGGCACCAGUUGGCCGACAAUGCCCAAGAGAAAGGCCUCUGGUUUCUUCAGAAAGGUAUAUUUAAAUACCUUUUUCAGUUCAUUGUAUAUCAUUUCCCAGAAAGCCUUAAUCUUUGGGCACGUCCACCAAAGGUGAAAGAAUGUACCUUCAGUUUCUUUACAUUUCCAACAUUUAUUAUCGGGCAAAUGAUAAAUUUUUGCAAGCUUGACUGGGGUCAUGUACCACCUGUAUAUCAUUUUCAUAAUAUUCUCUCUUAAGGCAUUACAUGCCGUAAACUUCAUACCUGUGGUCCAUAACUGUUCCCAGUCAGCGAACAUAAUGUUAUGUCCAACAUCUUGUGCCCAUUUAAUCAUAGCAGAUUUCACCGUUUCAUCCUGAGUAUUCCAUUUCAACAGCAAGUUAUACAUUCUUGACAAAUUUUUAGUUUUGGGUUCUAACAAUUCUGUUUCUAAUUUUGACUUUUCCACUUGGAAGCCUAUUUUCUUAUCCAAGUUAUAUGCCUCCAUUAUCUGAUAGUAGUGGAGCCAAUCUCUCACUUUAUUUUUUAAUUUUUCAAAACUCUGCAGUCUCAAUUUAUCUCCUUCUUGCUCCAAAAUUUCCCAAUAUGUCGGCCAUUUGGCCUCCAUAUUGAGCCUUUUCAGAGCUUUUGCUUCCAUUGAUGACAGCCACCUUGGGGUUUUAUUUUCCAAUAAGUCUUUGUAUCUUAUCCAGACAUUAAACAAUGCUUUCCUAACAAUAUGAUUUUUGAAUGCUUUGUGUGCUUUGACCUUAUCAUACCAUAAAUAUGCAUGCCAUCCAAAUACAUUGUUAAAACCUUCUAAAUCCAAAAUGUCUGUGUUUUCAAGAAGUAGCCAUUCUUUCAGCCAGCAAAAAGCUGCUGAUUCAUAAUAAAGUUUAAGGUCUGGCAGGGCAAAUCCACCUCUUUCCUUAGCGUCAGUUAAUAUCUUAAAUUUUAUUCUGGGCUUCUUGCCCUGCCAGACAAAUCUAGAAAUAUCUCUCUGCCACUUCUUGAAACAGUCCAUCUUAUCUACAAUUUGUAAUGUCUGAAACAAAAACAACAUUCUAGGCAAUACAUUCAUCUUUAUCACAGCAAUACGGCCCAGCAACGAGAGUUUCAAAUUUGACCAAAUUUCUAAAUCUUUAAUCACUACCGUCCAACAUUUUUCGUAAUUAUCUUUAAAUAAGUUCCCAUUUUUGGCUGUCAUAUUAAUCCCCAAGUAUUUCACUUUCUUUACCACAUUCAAUCCUGUCUCAUUCUGAAACCUCUCUCUUUCAAUCGGUGUUAAGUUUUCUCUAAAACCUUAGUUUUUAACUUGUUCAAUUUAAAACCUGCCACCUGACCAAAUUCCUGAAUUAAUUCUAAAACUCUUUUAGUACUAGAUUCUGGCUCCUGUAACGUCAAUACUAGGUCAUCUGCAAAUGCUCUCAAUUUGUACUGUUUAGCUCCGACCUGUAUGCCCUUAACCAACCGGUCCUUUCUAAUCAUAUUUAGCAAAACCUCCAGGACCGAUAUAAAAGCAGUGGGGAAAUUGGGCACCCCUGUCGUGUCCCUUUUUCUAUCUUAAAUUCUUCCGUAACCACAUUAUUUACAAUUAAUUUAGCCUUUUGUUCAGAGUAUAUUGCACCUAUACCAUUUUCAAAACCUUGGCCUACCCCAUCCCAUGCAGAUUCUUCUUCAUAAAACUCCAAGAGAUAUUAUCAAAAGCUUUCUCCGCGUCAACAAAUAUCAAUACUGCUUUGGUGUUUAUAUUCACUUCUAAUUUUUCCAAAAUAUCAAUUAUAUUCCUCAAGUUAUCAGACAGAUGUCUUCCCGGAGAAAGCCCGCUUGGUCUUUAUGAAUCUCUUUCAUCAAUAUUUUUUUCAAUCUCUUGGCCAAAAUGUCUGCAAAAAUUUUGUAAUCCACAUUAAGUAACGAUAUAGGGCGAUAGUUCUUAAGCUGAGUCUUUUCAGUCUCUGUUUUCGGUAUAAGUGUGAUGUACGCCUCUUUCCACGAUUCUGGUGCCCUUUCCCCUCCAGUAUUUCAUUGCAGACUUCCUUCAAAGGUUGCAGUAACCACUCUUUCAAAGAUCUAUAGUAUCUGGAAGUCAGCCCGUCCGGUCCUGGAGAUUUGCCCAAUUGCGUAUUUUGUAUGGCACCUUCUACUUCCUGUUCAGAUAUUUUAUAGUUCAGCAUUAAUUUACUUUCUUGAGAGAUUUGUUGUAGGCCAUUUGUCUUCAAAAAUUGGUCUAUGUCCAUUUCCUUCUGUGGCCCUUGUGUGUAUAAUUGUUUAAAGUACUUCUGGAAGCAAUUUCUAAUCUCAUUUGGAUUAUGUAUACUCUUUCCUUCCACUUCUAAAUUUAUAAUAGUAUUUAAUUUUUGUCUUUUUUUCAUUUGCCAGGCCAACAGUUUUCCACAUUUAUUAGCUGAUUCAAAUGUUUUUGUCUCAUUUGUUUGAUUUUCCAUUCUAUUUCCUGAUUCAUCAUUUCCAUAUAUUGUACUUGAUAUAAUUUUAUUUCUCUCAAAAUCUCCUGGGACUUUGGUUUUGCUCUCAAUUUCUUCUCUCCUUCUUUUAUUUUUUCCAAGAUUUUAUCUUUCUUUUCAUUUUGACUUCUCUUCUUUAUUGCAUUCUGUUGUAUCAAAAACCCUCUCAUCACAGCUUUGCUUGCGUCCCAGAUUACUCUUUUUUCUACAUUGGUAUUCAUAUUUAUUUCAAAAUAAUCUCUCAAAGUCUUUUGGGCCUUUUUGUAAACUUCUUCAUCUCUAAAUAAGGUGUCAUUCAUCCUCCAUCUAAAGGAUCCGGUUGUUGUUUGUUUCAUCCCUCCUUCCCUCUUUAGCCCUUUGCCUCUGGACUCCUCCCAAGCAGACAUAAACUAUCAGAGCGACCCCUCCUUUGGGCCUUUCUGGCCUGAUGCUCAGCAAUGUGCAAGGCUCUUCAUGAUCUUGGUGUCAGUGGAGGAAGAGAGGCCACUGUAGAAGGACUUGCCUACUGAUAUGAAACUGAGGCAGCGUCUGGCUCCUCUCUGUCAGAGUCUGCACUCAAACUGACAUACUUGGCAUCCCACCUUGUCUGUGGACAGCUUCCUUCUUCUGACUCUCUGUGUUCACUCAAGCCUCCUGCUUCUACCACCUCCCAGCUUUCUUCCUCAGUGUCCCACCACCACUGUCCUGGUCUAAGUCUUCUUCCUCUAUGUCAUCUCUAAGGGGUUCUUGGGCUGGCGCCUCCCACCACUCUUCAUCAUCCAGCCUGUCCUUCAACCACAAGUACUUGUUUGACACUAAAGUUGCUAUCAUAAACUUAAAACCGUAUUUGGUUUAGGCCACUUCUCAGCAUUUCCCUGGCUCCUUGAAGGAACUUACAAACUCAGAAUCGAAUUCCCUAUGGGCUGAGGUAGCCAAUCAUAGUAGUUUAACUUGAGGAUUGGUGUGUACAUAUUUCUGGACUUUUAUCUGAGCUACAGCACAGGGAAAGGAACUGUGCAAUUAAAAAAUAGUAUCAUGCUGUAUUGACAAAAGUGUUUUGAAAUUCCCUUCCAUCUUCCAAAAAGAAAGAAAGGACUCAUUUAUCAACAUCUGGCAACUUGCUUAGGCUUUAUCUUUUUUUUUUCUUUUUUUGGCAUUGCAUCAGAACAGACACACUGAGCAGCAAUGCAGUUUACCAACACUAUUUAGAUUGAUAUUCUGUUACGUUAAGUGGCAUUUGAUUUACCCCUCAUUAAUUUUUAAUGAAGCAGAUUAAUACUAAAUACUUUUUACCAGUAAGAAAGCACCAGGAACCGGCACAGUUCAUUAUGUUAACGUGACUUGGGCACAAUAAGCAAUUAUUUUCCACCCCGUUUGAAAAUGCAUACGAUGCCCAGUAAUUUUCUUAAUGAUUCUUCCCCCUUCUUCUUUAUUGCUGUUAUUUAGUUACUUAAAAAAAAAAAUCAAAAUAAGAGAAGAAUAAAACACAUAACGCUAAAGCCAUUUUUAAUCUCUCCAUCUUGCAUCCUUUUCCUAUAAGGCAACUUUUGAGCUGAAUGAAUGGCAAAAAAAAGUUUAACCACUAAUUAACUAGCACUAAAAUUUAAUUGGGCCCAAAGGGUGAAGUGCUCAAAAUUCAUUAAUUACUUUUUACAGCCUUUCAAAGCAAAAACUCUGGAAGUAUGAUGUCUCAUUUCAAAAGGAUACAACAAGACAAUCCCUUUAUAUUUUGUGCAUCUGCAAAUAUGGGUCACUUUUUUUUUAACAGAAAGGUCACAAAAAUGUGAUCAGCUUUCAGAAAGUUUGCUUUUUAAAAACAACAACACCAAAAGCAAAUAUGGAUUUAAUUUGCAGAAUGUAAUGUGAUGCAGAGGGCCUCUGUUUGUUUAUAGGAAGCAUUUCCUGGGUACCUUUGUCCCUCCUUUUUGUCAUCAAUGCAUUUAGAAACGGCUUCUGAUGUUUCUCCUUAAACAUAUAAGCCUAAAAAAGCCUUAUUGGGGCCUCAUGUGCACUAUGCAUUUAAAGCAGUAUUAUAGCACUUUAAACAGAGAUGGUUUUCUCCAAAGAUUCAUUGGAACUGUAGUUUUCUAAUGGUGCUGAGAGUUGUUAGGAGACCACUGUUCCUCUUACAGUUCCUAGAAUUCCCUGGGAAGAGUGAUUGAUUAUUAAUCAAGAUGGCUGGUGUUUCUCAACUUUGGGAACUGGAGUUGAACUGGAGUUGAAGAUGGUUUGAUAAAUAUUUGAAUUUUCAUUAGCAUCUCAUAUCAUUUAAAUUUGUCAUAUCUGAUGAACUUGCCUUUUUUCACUGAUGCCAUACUACAUAGAAGAUUUCACCACGCUAAUAUAAAAAAUGAUGGAUACCAGAUUCAAAUACUUGUCAUUUAGUCUUUGCAAGAAUUAUCAAUGAAUCAAUUAAUUAAUCACACUCCAAACAAGCAUUUCAAGAUGAUUUACAAUAAAGACAACCAAAACAGCAAAUACAUUUAAAACAAAACUAAAACCAUACAAAAUCGACAUUCAUGGCAAAGACCCGUUUAUUCAGCUGUUAAAGUCUGUCAGAUCAAAAAUGCCUUUAGUUGUUUCCAGAAAGUUGUUUCCAGAUAUUGGGCACCUUUUGUAUCUCAACUGCUGAAUCAUGGGGCAUUCGUGAAAUUCCGCAACUGUUUGUUUCUAUUACAAGGAGAAAAUUCUGCUAAUUACGAAAAUAAAUUGACUCCAUUUGCUUUGCAAUCAGAAUGACAUACUACAAUCUCAUUCAGUUUGGUAUAAAUCAAUACAUGAAAGGGAUUGCUGACCUUAUUGGGGGGAAACCGACUUGACAUUAAAUUUGAUAAGGUUUGUUUGUUUGAAUCCUAUCUUGAAAUCAGCUUGUUACUCAUUAUUCUCGCAGCUGAAAACUGAUGUAGAUAAACAAGACAAUUCCCUGGCUGAAAAUGGACCACAUUUUUUGGAUGAACCCUAUGAAGCCACUGUUCCCGAAAUGUCUGUAAGAGGUACUGUGUGUUGUACUUUGACCUUGCAUUGAUUCUAUGUGUUUAUGUUUAUGUUUAUGAAGUAGGCUGUUGCAGCUAGAUUAUUUCAUUUUCCUAAAGAAUCAAAAUUUGAAAAGAUUCAGGACUUUAAAUAUGUGCAAACCAAUGGGGUUUCUCUAAACCAGCAUUUCUAAUCAUCACAUCCCUCUCAUUCCUAUAAACCCUGUUCCAUGCCCAAUAAUCACGGGAUGCCUUUGCCCAGUGAUGCUGUGGCCCAUAGAUUGCAGCAAAAUACUGGGCAAAGUUACAUAAAAAUACCAAAUGAGAACACAAAACACACAAUAAAAAACAAACAAAAAACAAACCAAAUACCCUCUUACCACAAACAUAUUUAAAAGGCCAUACAAUGUUUUAUCCACCAAAGGCAAGGUUAAAGAGAAACAAUAUAUAAUGAAAGUGUCAGAAGAGCAUUCCACAAAUGGGGAGCCACUGCAGAAAAGGCUCUUUGCCACAUAAGUUUCCCACAACCAAAUCAGAACAAAUGCUCAAAAAGAGUGGACACUGUAUAACCCUUGAGUAAGCAAAUCAGUAUGAAUGCACAAUAAACACAUUGUCUGUACGAGUCUUUAAUCUCUGAUUUGGUUUUAUUUUUCUGUUUCCUCCAUCUGAACAUCUCUUUUGGACUAGCUUGCUUCUUAAGAUCUAAAUUGUAGCUUGUCUAGAUCACAUCCUUCUUUUGGGGGGUUCUGCAAAAGGAUAGGAGAUAUACCAAUUUAAAUCUGGUUUAACUGGUUAAAUUAAGUUUCAACUUCUUUUUUAAACGCUUCCUUCCUAGCAUUCAGUUGCUAUCUCACAUUCACACAGUCUCUUCAGGGCUCUUCAAAUUAUAUAGUUUCUUCAGCAGAAUAUUUAGCUCUAAGUGCAAUUCAAGAAUCAAUAUCUGUAUUAACAUGUAUGCACAUUAAUUUAUUAUUUAGUACACUUUCUUACUUACCCACUAAAGACAGCAUUUACACUUUCUUCAGGUUUUAAAUACAAGUGUUCUACUAAAUUAAAGUGUAACAGGAAAUACAGUGGUACCUUGGUUUUCGAACAUAAUCCAUUCUGGAAGACCGUUUGAGUUCUAAAAUGUUUGGAAACCGAAAACUCAAUAGCCGACAGCUAGGCCUCAGGAUCUUGCACUCAGUAGAAGCUGCGUGGCAUGUUCGGCUUCCAAGGUGUGUUCGAAAACCGAAGCAUUUACUUCCAAGUUUACGGCGUUCAAAAACCGGAAUGUUCAUCAACUGAGACUUUCGAAAACCGAGGUACCACUGUAGACUCUUCCGCAAAUACAAUGCUAUGAUCUCUGUCACAUUGUUUAAAUGUCUAUAGACACAAUACAUUUAUAAAAAUGACCAAGACUAGAGUGCAGUGGUCAUACUUUAUAUUUCAGUGGGUUUGAGAUCUGAUUUAAAACUUUAUCCAUAUAGUUUUUUCUGCAAUUUUUAUUUAUACCGCUGUCUAGUAGCAAAUUCAGGACAUAAUGUAUUAUUAUUGCAUUCUUAUUCCAUUCAUUGCUUCCAUGGUUCUCGCCUUCCAUCAACUCUGACAAGUUGUUGUACUUGUGAGAGUAACAUUUCAGUUUAAACACUGUAGCCUAAUAGUCACACGUGAAAUCAUUUUUAGUUAGUUGAAAUCAUUUUUGAGUACACAAUCUUGAAGUCCUAUAGCAUUUGGAAACUAUUAAAUGUAAUAUGUGGAAGCUACUGAAGGAACAAAUUCCAUGGCACAACUGAUUCAUCUUUGCCAACUUUUUGAAAUUAUUAGGUUGCCACAUUUCUAGCAUUUUCCUGAAUGGCCUUAUGAGUCUGCAAAAAGCUGAAUAUCCAUCUGGUUAUUGAAUGCAGAUUUCAGAGUUGUUCUUCUCAUAUUACCUCAGGAGCAUAUAAACAUAUGUACGUAGCAAUCCAAAUUAUGUGCCAUAUGUCUAGCCUCAUGAGCUAUUCAGUGCCUCAUGGGCCAUUCAAAAAAAUCACAUGAUUGAAGCCACACAAUAAUAAGAUUAUAGUAGUGGGUGUUACCUAAGGAUUAUCUUCUUAGUAGUGACUUCCUUUUUACUCAAACCAAGUCACAGCCAAAAUAUAAUAGCGAUGGGGAAACUGCAGCCUUCCUGAAGUUAUUGGACUCCAAUUCCUAUCAGCCCCAACUCUCAUGGCCAUUGGUCAGUGAUGAUGAAAGUUGUAAUCCAACAACCUCUGAAGACCCACAGGGUAGACAUAAUUGACUUAAAUGAUGUGGUCCCAAAGAAGCUUCCAAGCAGAUAAAUUUAAUACUCUGUGCUGCUUUCUUAAGUAAUAGUAUACAAAUAAGUUUGCAGGUGAGAUACAACACAAAAGCCAUUAGUUUGGGACAUUUCUUUUGAUGCCACGAAAGCAGCCAGAUUCCCUAUCAACAUAUUUACAGAUAAUGUUACUUCUUUAUAUAGGCAUCUAAAAGUCCUCAGGGUGCUGCUGACUAAUUUAUCAGAGAAACAUGCCGUUGUAGUGGAAUGUCUUGGGAUAAGAUGCGAUAAUGUGAUUCUAUGAUAGAAAGUGGCUGGAGGUCUUGCGUGCCCCAAGAGAGGUCGAUUUGUAUUUGUAUUUAGGAGUUAGGAAAGAAAUGAGUUAGACAUAAACACUGCAUUAUAAAAUGAGAAGCUCUGACGAAUAUUUCCUUCAUGGGUAUAAUCUUAUGAAAGGCCCGUGGGGAUGGUGUCAGAUUUAGAUCUAGGAUAUAGCCAGCUCCCAACCAGAGACAAAAUUGUCUUCUCUAGAUGGAUUGCACUAUCUGUUAUUCAGUGGAAAAUGCUCAUUACCAACCUCAAGGAUAUAAAAAGCUAUCAGAAUCCUGUUGUGUGUCUUGCCUGCAUUGCUUGUUUUGACUUUAUUUCUUUUAAGCCGCACCACAGGCAUUAAAUUAAGGACUGAUGCAGUGCUCCUGGUUUGGUGGUUUUUUGUGUGUGUGUUUUUUAAUAUGGAGUCCUUUAUUAUCUCUUAAACCUGUAGCCAGUGUAAAAUUAAGACAGCAUCCUGCAUAUGUACACAGGUGUGUGAAAAACAAAGUGUAAAACAGGAAUGGAGGAACUGUGGCUCUCAAUAUGUUGCUGGACUUCAGCUCCCUUCAACAACAGCCAGCAUAGUCAAAGGCCAGGAAUGAUGGGAGUUGUAGCUAAGCCAUAUCUAGAGUGCCACAGGCCCCAUACUCCUGUUUUAAAAGUAUGGCCAAUUAAAAACAACUGCACUGGUUGCCAGUUCAUUUCUGGACUGAAUUUAAGGUGCUCAAAUUAGUGUUUAAAGCCCUAAAUGACUCAGGCCCUGAAUAGCUGAAGACCACGUUAUUUCCUACAGACCCCUUGGUGUUCAGAUCAGCAUAGGCAGGCUUCCUCAAACUCGGCCCUCCAGAUGUUUUGAGACUACAAUUCCCAUCAUCUCUGACCACUGGUCCUGCUAGCUAGGGAUCAUGGGAGUUGUAGGCCAAAACAUCUGGAGGGCUGAGUUUGAGGAAGCCUGGCAUAGAGAGUACUGUCCAACCACCCUCAGAUGCUUGGGGGGUGGCCCUGGGGAGAGCAUUUCCUGUGGCAGCCCCUAUAAUGUGGAACUGCCUUCCCAAACAGGUGCAUCUUCAUUACACAGCUUCUGGUGGAUGUGCCUCUUUAGACUGGCUUUUGAGAUGUAUAUUUUGAGAGGGUCUUAAAGCUGCUGAGCCCUGGCUGAGGCAAGGUUCAGCCAGGAAAGCCCAAGAUCCAUCAGAUCCAAACUCUAAUCCAACCAGAUCAUGGGUCUGGAUUACAUUGUUACUUACCUUACUUAAAUUCCACAGAAAUGUAUAGGAUUGUGCUGUCAGUUGAGUUUUAUUUCCAUUUUGUCCAAAGGCCAUAGUAGAAAUCUAAAAAUGCAAAACAUAAAAUGGUUAGUUUACACAAUGUUACCAUGGGCAAAAUGUAAUCCAAAAGUAGUUGUCCUUGCAGUGAUAUGGGAGGCAUUCACAGUGAAAUUCAGUAAAAAGGAGGACAAGAUUUAGAUUCUGCUAGGCUUCACAAUCUCAUAAAAAAUGAGACAGCUAGCUUUUCAGGUGAAUAAUUUCAAAAGCUGGGUGUCUCUGUAAAGAGAUCCACUAUACUUCGGUAAAUAAAGGGUCACACACAAAAGAGGAUUUCACCUACACUUUAAAGGAAUAUGGUAUUUAUUUAUAUAUUGAAUAAAGCAUGUAAACUAACCCUAACCCUUACUUUCCCGAACUGGAUUUUGAAAACAAAGUAUCUUUAUGUUGCCUAUAUGUCUAUAUACAUAUAGAAACAUUAACAAACAUUGAGUAACUUUUUUACAUGGCUAGCUAUAGUAAAUGCUCCCAUAAGAACUGUGCCUUUCACUCAACACUUCCACAGGUACUUCGGUGAUUCAGGUUACAGCUACAGCUCCAACAGGUGCCCGCCUGCUUUACAGUAUCCCUUCCGAACAACCCUAUUUUUCUGUGGAGCCAACAACAGGUAUUGCUGGUUAUGGAUAUAAGACUCUUGAGUAUCAGUAAUGCACAACAUGGGUGUAAAAAACCUGUAUAACCAAUAAUCUCCCUUUGAUGUUAUAUCUGUAUUAUAAUUGGAUCUGUAUUAUAACUGGGUUGGAUACAGAUUUCAUCUAAGAUUAAAUGCACAUAAUGGUGCCGCAGAAAGAUGCUACCUUUUCCCCAUUGUGGCCCCCUUUUCCAUGCUCUAUUGAUGAAGAUGAAGGUGGGAGGAAGGAUGACUCCUCUUCUUCUUCUUCUUCUUCUUCUUCUUCUUCUUCUUCUUCUUCUUCCUCCUCCUCCUCCUCCUCCUCCUCCUCCUCCUCCUCCUCCUCCUCUUCUUACUGGUUCCUCCAUUCUGGGACUUUGUGUGUUUGUUUAUAGGGCCCAUAGGAGCAGCCCACCCAGUGAUCCCAGCUGUAAGAAGUAAAGUUGUGGUCGUUUUCAACCCACAUCAGCUUCCAUAUAUGAAUUGCUCUUCAAAAUGUACCCAGCUGUGUGUGGUGCACAGCUUCUAAAUCAACAGAUACUGACCCAGAUUGCUUUGACUGCACUUCUCACCAGUUGGAGGUAGAGAGUGACUGUCUUUCCCAAACAGGCAACUGGGCUCUUAGAACAGGGAAGGGGAACUUGUGGUCCUACAGUUGUUAUUGGAUUCCAGGUCCCAUCAACACAAGUCUAUGUGUUCCGGGAUGAUGGGAGUUGUAGUUCAAUAAUCUCGGGGUGUGUGUGUCACAAGUUCCUUAGUCCUACCUUACAGGUCACAGUACUAAUUCAGCAGUACCUUCAGAUUUCAAAACAGCUGGGGCCAUCAGAAUACUGUCCUGUAGGCUUCCUUUUCUUUUUGUCCAUACAAAGGCAGAGCCAGAGGCUAUCCAAUCAUGGAAACCCUCUGUGCAUGCAAAGUGUCCUUUCUAGACUGGGACAAUGGUAUGAUAAAAUACUCUCAUGUCUUGGUGUCAGAAAAAUAGUUUGAACUUUAAGACUCCAGUGCUGGACAUGCUUGCCAGGCUGCAGGUCUCAUUGACAUCUAACUGAGCUGUAAAUAUUGUAUAUUUUGCAGGGGUAGUAAGAACGGCUUACCCAAUGGACAGAGAAACACAGGAUCAGUGCUUUGUUGUCAUUCAAGCCAGAGUUGGUGAAGCUGGUGUUCCUACAGCUACCACAACUGUAACUAUCAACCUCUCUGAUGUUAAUGACAAUCCUCCUCGAUUUCAGCAGAGUGAGUAAAAUGUGUCUUGGUUCAUUUUUUUUUAAAAAAAUGUUGGGAGCAAAUUCAGACCAACUAAUUCUGAUAAAUAAAACAUAUGUUAUAUGUGAAAUACUUUUGUACAAAACUUAAAAAUUAACGCUUUUAUAUUGCAUAUGUUCCUUGAUUAAAUGUCAUUGUCUCUUUAUAACCCAUUCAAAGAAACAUUGCAUUGAUAGUAUAAUUAAUGCCAAAGGAAGGUAAACCCAGUGUGUCCAGACUCCAUAAGCCAUUUCGUUGGAACGUUUAUAAUUUAGAUAAAGGAACUUUGAGAAAUGUACUUCUGUGAAUUCUUAACUGAGGCAUCUAGAACUCUACUACUGCUGCAAAUUCAGUCUUUUUACACCAGUUUAAAUUUGUACUGUCAAUUUUGUCUUGGUAACAUAGAUGUAGUCCCUAUGUUUAAAUAGCUAUAAAAAAUAAAAGCAUUGAGCAACCUGUAAAGAAAACACAGUCAGAAAACUGCAACUGUUUCUUCUUUAGUUGCAUGUCCAUCACCAAUGCAAGCAGCUUCUUCAUUUGAACAAACAGUUCUCCCAAUAGUCACCCUGUGAAAAUGUUUAGAGUGUACAUGGAGAAUCCUGAAAAAUUAUUUUUCUUCACUGUUGCUUUAGUGCCAUGUACCUCUCCACUAUGUCUUCCCCUUCCCUGAAUGAUCCUAACAAAACAGGGAUCGCCUAAUACAUUUGAUUAUGUAAAAAUACCACAGAGCUGCUUAGAUUUUACUGCAUCACAAAGGCAAUUCAGAAUAAGGUCCAGGAGCAUCGUUUUUAUCUUGAAUGGGUGUUAGAGAGAGAACCAUGCUACAAAUAUUUUUUCCCCAUAUUGGUAUUUCCCAUUGCUGAAAGAGGGAGCAUCUCUUUUUGGAGGAGGUAAAACUCACACAAAACAUGUUCCCUGCCAUUUUGUCUCAGCCUUAUCACUUUCUAUACAGAUAUUUAAAAUAGAAAGAAACUCUUCCUUUGAACACCUAAUAAAAUUUCCACCUCCCUUGGGGAUAGCAGCCUAUAUUUUUGUAACUACUGUUGUUAUACCAACAAGGAUAAAAUGAGGUUUUGCUAAGGACAAAAAUCCUCUGAGGACCAACUAAUUAAGUGAUAAAUAUAAACUGAGUAACUUGGGACCAACACAUCUCAGUGCAAUCUAGCAGGCAAGGCAUAGUACACCUUGGAUUUUUAAUAACAGAAAAUCUGUAAUUUAUGGUAGUGGUUUUCACUACUUGGAUUCUCUAAAAGCUUAUCAGGUGUUCCUCAGUUAAAAAAAACCAGUCAUGGCAAAUGUGUUUCCCUAAAAGACAGACAGCCUGCAAUUUUCUCUCCUCUCCUACAAUGCUGAAAACACUUUUCUCAUAUGCAGGGUGGUGCUGAGUAUAAUUUUGGGUGCACUUUCAAUUCAAGUAGAGCAAUGGUGAGGUCCAGCAGUCCUGAUCAGUACAGUGAAUUGUGUGCACAUGUAAUGACAUUUCCUUCAAACCUUCUCCACAGGUUCUUCAAAAGACAAAGUGAUCUGGAAUGAGCCUCAGAAGGUGGAAUGUUUGAAACCCCCAUUGCUUUAGGGGAAAACUUUAAUUUUAGUGGGUACUAGGUUGCUACUGUGCAAUGAAAGCACAAGGAAAAAUAUUCUAGACAUGAGCAUCAUAAAGUGACCUAAAGACCUCCCCCAGUGUUUUCCUGUAGAGUUUACACAACAACACAUCAUUAGAGGAUGUAGAAUGUAUUGCUUUCAAUACGAAACAACCCACAACUGCUUAGGGACAGUUUCUGGAUGCUUAGCUAAUGAAAUAUAUUGAGGUAUCGUGUUGCAAAGCAUCAUACAUAUUUCCAGUCUCCCUUAAAAAUGAAGUCAGUCUUGGAUGUUUCAGUCACAAUUAGUUGUAUUUUUCAUCUCCCCUCUUUGAAAUUGGUUGUUGGACAAUUGAUAUCUCAUUGUUCAAUUGAGUUUUUGUAUUGCACACAAGCAAGCAAGUGAACUUAUAAACAACUGGAAUGUUGAAUUGGCUCAUGAAUGUUGAAACUCAUGAAUGGAUGAUCCAAGUCAAGGCUGCCAAGCUUAACAAAAGAAAAUGAGCUUAUGACUUUAGCUCCCCCACCCCCAAGCCAUACAUCUUGUGUAACUGGGCAAUUUUCAGAAUAAAAAGUGGUCUACAUUUAGUUGUUAUGUCGGUGAUCAAGAUUGUGUUGGCAACUUUCUCUGAUAUUUGGUUGUUUCUUUAAGAGCGUUAUGAAAUGUAUGCAUCUGAGGCAGCACCUGUGGGCAGCAUCCUAGGCAAAAUCAAGGCAGAUGACAGUGACCUGGGAGAGAAUGCUGCCAUGGACUAUGUAAUAGAAGGAGACACUCCUCACAUUGUUCGCAUCGUUACUAACAAUGAGACUCAAGAAGGAACUGUCAUAUUAAACAAGGUGAGACGUCAGCCAUUACUUGACAAAGAAAUGUCACAGAAAUCACUGAAACAGACAAGAUUAAGUACGUUUGCUUGUUAUAGCCUUGUGUUGUUGGUCAUGAUAAAAUAUCAAUGCAAUAUAAAGGGCUGUUGUUUUGAAGAAGAAAAUCUUCUCUCAGACGUAUGCCAAACUCCGACAUGAUCCAGGAUAGAUUGGCUGCAUGCAGAAAAGUAUGGCCCUAGACCCACACAAAUUAAUGAGACCAAACAUGGGACAGUGGCAUUUUAAUUAAUACAAUACCUUGCAGGAACGACAAAUCAAAUUAACCACAUUCAGAAACUGUGGUCAGCUGAGAAUUUUGUCUAUGGUAGGGAAGCAUCCCUCCAGACCCCUGGGUAUGUGAUACAGCUGCAGGUUGUGGUUCCCCAGCAAAGGAUGAGGAGGAAACAAUGCCUUUUUUGCUGGGUGAGCCUUGAGUAUGAGUUCCCCAUGUGUACCCAGGCCCUGUUGCCCAGUGUCCAACCACAAUAUGCAUGUCAGGUAUACAGGGCACCUCCCCAAUGCCACCACACCUAAAACAAUGGUGGAUCCCUAAAGUGGGCCCUUAACCUGGUAAUGCCUCGAUAUACCUAAGGUUUCCCCCCUCAGCUUCCUCACAUGCCCAGGCUCAAUGCUCCAUGAGCAGCUAAUCUAUGCUACUCCCCAGAAUGCCAGCCAAAUUGUUCCCAGUGUGGAGUAGGCAAACAAGGAGGUACCUUAAUGGGCAAACCCUGCUCAGCUUCUUCUAAAAGGCACCUAGCCAAAGCCCACACUGCAUAUAGGGAGGGAGCAUACAGCAAAAUGCCAAGAGGAAGAGCUCAGGGGAGGAGCAGACUCCUAAAGCCAGGCUCCAGCCCAAUGACUGAUCAUCAAAAACACCAGGAAACUAAAGGAGUAAACUUAAUAGUGAAAGCAAAGAGAGGCAAGGCAAAGAUGAACCAUUAAUAUGUUUAUUGUCUUUAAUUCUACACUUAUUAUUGGUUUCCUAAUGCUGAAUGGAAAAUAUUCUACUCCCCCCCUUCCUUUUCUUACAUACAGAUAUUGGAUUAUGAGAAUCAAAGCAUAUAUAAUAUGAAAGUGAAAGGUGUCAACAGGCACAUAGAUGAGCGCUUCCUGAAAGAUGGGCCAUUUGAAGACACAGCUUCUCUUAGGAUCAGAGUGAAGGAUGUUGAUGAGCCUCCCAUUUUCACGUUAGAUGAAUUUGUGAUGGAGAUUGAUGAAGGGGAUCUGAAUGAUUCAUUUGUAGGAGUUGUGAGUUCCAGAGAUCCAGACAGUGUCAACAGUUCAAUCAGGUGCAGCUUCAAGAGAUCCUUCUACAGCUGAGAUUGUCAUAGAUUAUUGAAUAACACUGAAGACAACAGCUCAAAUCUUGACCUGUAUGUUCUGUCUGAGAGGUGUAUGGCACUUCCCCAUUAAUUCAGUUGAGGCGCUCCUGUUUGUGUUUAAAAUGGUGCAUUUAUGGAGCUUUGUUUCCCUUAAAUACAAUGGCAAAGCCUUGCAAUAGGGAGACCUCUGUGUGCAUAUCCAGACUCUGCACAUUCAGUGUUUAGUUGCACAUUUGCUGUUUGGAAAUAAGUGCUGAUUUAUACAUAUAACUGCAAUUUAUAGUUUGUGAAGUAAAGUGAAUCCUGGGAAAGAAAAUGGGCUUAUUAAACAAUACAAACAUUUUGAAACAGAGUUACUUCUCAUGUUUUCUUGGCUGCCACAAAUCUGAUAAAAAUUACUUAUUUGGACAGGUAUUCUGGGAUGUAUUAUUUCUUUCAGUAGUAGCUGCUUUUAAUGGGUUAUCUAAUCAGGAGUGGCACAUCCCAUUUUGCCAUCCAAUUUAGGUAAAAUGGGAAGUGCUGCCCUGCUGCUGCCCUGCCCACCCCACUGGCAGAGAAGCACCAGCAGCAGCAGCACUGAUUUUGAAAAGAUCUCGCCAAAAUUUCAUGAGAUCUCAUGCACUCUGCAAAAUCUCAUUAUAGGGGUCCCUAUCAUGGGACCUGUCAGUAUUUCCAAUAGUAUCUGCAAAAGAUCUCAGUAAAUAAUUCAUCAAAAAUCCACAACAUAUGAGAUUUGCCAUUCCUGCUCAGUUCCUAUUUGCACUGGCCCAGCCUCUGUGCCAAUGAACAUGUCAUCUGAACAGAGGAGAAGUCCCAAUAAUUUAUCUCAGUGACUGAGAUGGAUUGUGGUGGCUGGUGUAGGUGCCUUUUCUUCAUUGAUGAGGUGCAUGCCCACACCAUUUUAUGGUCUUGUUCCAUUUUUUUUCUGUUGUUUUAGUUGUGGCAAGCAUUAUGCCAUAUCCCCAUGGCAGCCAUUUUGUGUUACACUUUGCACCUCUCUGCAAACAACAGCAUUUUCUUAAAAUGUCAAAUGACCCCAUGUUUGGUGACGCCUGCUUUAAAGUAAGCCAUUUUUUAAAAAAAUGAUCUUUGAGUGCCCCCUUUCCAAGGGUACAGAAUAACUAUAUAUUUAAAAAUAUAUAAAAAUUCCAUCUAUAAAAUAUCCAGUUUUUUGUUUUUUGGGAGGGGGUGCUGGAAGACUGUAGGGAAGCUAAGAAGGAGGUCUUUUAAGUAGGAAAACCUUAUUCUGCCUUACAAAACAGUUUGUGAAAAGCAAGCCCAAAGGUCUUUCCCCCCACUUCCGGCAACACCAUUUUCUGACCUUUUCUUUUUAUUUUAUGGAAGUGGGAUACAUACUAUCAAAGAGGCUCUUUUCAGCUCUUCCUCCUUUGCUCUGCUUCUUUGACACUGCAUCAAGCCAACCAUGAUGAAAUAAAUGUACGGUUAUAUCCCAACUAAGUUGCCAGUGUUACUCAUUUCACAAGUGGCACUUCGCUGUUUCUUUUGAAUUGAGUCACUCACCUGCUGUGAGUCUGCCUGCGCAAUGAGAAUGAAUAAUGCAUUUUAGAUUUGGUUCACAUUAAUAUAGGUCUGAGGCAUAUUUAGUUUCAUAGAAAGAAGCGCUUUGAUCUUGGUAGCAGUGAAUUUUAAAUGUUUAUUAGUGUACAUUUUUCAUGAUUUCUGAGCAGCUGGAGAACACAUCCAUAUUCAUAUCUACACCACUCUCCUUUCUUCACUGACAAUAGCUUAUAUAGCCUUGUUUCAGAAGUACCAUUUUUGUUCAGUUCUUAAGAAAGUCUCCAUCUCCCCCUUCCCUACUUUGAUGUGCAGGUAUUCUAUUGUCCACAGCAAGCAUUUAAAGGGAUUUUUCAGCAUCAAUGCACACAAUGGAACAAUCAGUAUGACCAAACCUCUGGACCGAGAGAUAGCGGCUUGGCACAACAUAACCAUCUCAGCCACAGAAUCAAGUGAGUAAGACUUUAAGGAACCCUAUGCUUGAGCGAUGGCAUGAAUUCCUUGCAAUUAUCUUCAGUAUAUCUCUCCUUUCUGAACUGAGAAAAUAAGCUACUUUUUCAUUAUUUCACCAUUGCUAGCUAACAUUAUGUAGCAUUGCUAAAAUGAUUAGUUGGAAGCCAAAUAAUGUUUGAUCUCCCAAGUCUUGGGUUCUCAUAAAAUAUUAUACCAUUUUUAAAAAAGAAAAUAAUGGAAACUAAAACAGUUUUAAGUUACACCAAAGCAUAUAAAACUGCUCUCCUGGUACAAGAUCUUAUGUUAAAUUAGACCCCAGUUAAUUUCACAGCAGAUUUUUUGACUGGUAUGAAAUUAGCCAGGGUUUAAUUUAACGCCAGUCAGAAACCUGUGUCUCAAAUUAAUUGUGAAAGCAGGGCUUUAAUCAGCUAGACUUCCAUACAGUUGCAAUUAAAUCAGGAAAGCAUACCUUAUAUAGAUAUCACCUGUCAGUUUUGUCUCAAAAUCAAAUGCAAAUUGCCUCGUUUGUGCUCUCACUUACAGGUCACCUUGCCUUAGGGAGGUAAUUCCAAAAAAUCAAAAAUGUAAAUCUGGAAGAGUGUGCCAGAAACUUAGUGCCUAGCAAUAAAAAGAGUAAAUGAAAACCACAAGGGAACAAUUUCAGAUAACUUGAGAUUGUCUUGUCAAAAAGAUGAGCUGUGGGCUUUUCAUUAUAAAGGAUAAUGCACACACAAAUUAAAUUAUACCAAAAUAAAAAUUACUUACAGCAUGGAAAAACUAUACAGAUUUUUUAAAUAGAAUCCUAAUAGAUUUUAAACUGAGUUCAGUUUAACUCAAAAUAAUAUAGCUCAUUUUUUCCCUUCCACCUUGCAACAUUCCAACAUAUCAUGUGAAAUUUCGAAUCUUCAUUUUCACUUUUGUUCUGUUUCCUUUAAAACAACAACACAGAAUGACAACAAAGAGAUCUUUUUUGUGCAAUAUCCCAAAUAGUAUUCAGUAGUCUGUUAUCUGUCUCUACACAUCUCUCAUCUUUUUUCUGAAAUCGCAAAUUCUCACAAAAUUCCAAUUUUAGAAAAUCUCAGAUUGCUGUAUGCAAUAAUUUAUAGGCACUGAAAAUCAGAAUAGAUUUAGGGAGCAAUCCUAUGCACAAGAAAAGUGAGCCAGCAUAAAUUAAGCUGGCAUAAAUUUAUACCAGAUCCAGACCCCAUUCAGCAGUGGGGCUGCUGCUGCUGCUCUGCCUAAGCCUAGCAGAGGUGAGAGACUUCCAGCUGGGUUGCUUGGUCUUGUGACUGAGCUGAAUGGGCUUAGGUUGCAGCCUAAAUCCUCCUUUUCUGCACAGGCUGGAGAAGCUUGUGGACGUGGGAUUCGGCUGGCACCUUUUGCGCCUCCCCUACUCGCGGGGAAACCCGGUUUCGGGGAUCCGGAGCAACGUGGGGUGAGUGGCGCAGUGCUUCGAAUCGACUGCUUAUUUCACGGAGUGAAGCCGCAUUGCUGUUGCAGGAGAGCGCUGACUUUUUCCUGUAGACAAUUUGAUCUUAAAACAACUACCCGUGAGUAGAACAGAAAAUUGGAUCUUUAAACGUCUUAAUUUGGCACCGAAAUGGGGAGGUUUCAAACAGGAAGUCUGCCUCCCCCUUUUGUAAAUAGAUUGAAGCAAAGAGGCUGCAAGCUAAAGCCUUGGAAAGUCUCACAUAAAGGAUUAAACUUCCAUCGGUUAAACCAUCAAAUCCACCUUGGAAGCAGGAGAAGAGGGGGGAAAUUGAAGAUCAGGUAAGCCUGCAGGAGAGAGUGAAGAAAGUCAAAUUACCACCGCUCUGAACCUGGAAACGGGCUGCUAGUAAAGAUUGAAGUUUCGGAUAUGCUCAUUGACUGUGAAUAGAUCGUCUGCUGACAGUAAGUUAAAGAAGAGAAUAACAUUGUUUCCAUUGUCUCCUUCUGCAUUUAAAAAGGAGUAAAAGUAAAUGAAAAUUGAAACUAACUUUAUUGUUUGAACUGUGCUUAAAAGGAUUGAUACAAAUAGAAAUUGUUUCCCCCUAGAGGAAGCCUUUGAAAUUGUUACAAGAGCUGAGCUGGGGGAAUUUUCCACCUGCAAGAUAAAACUGUGAGAAUCUGGGAUUGACCUUGAACUGUUAAGAAUAUUGACAGAAGAAGCCUUAGUGGUUGCAUUUUGUAAGAUUAAUGAUUCACUGGAACAGCUUUAUAAGAAGACGGAUGCGAGGACUAUAAAAAUUGAUAACUUGGAACAAAAAGUGACUAAUUUGGCACAAAAAGUCAAGAUUAAUACAGAAAUUAUUCAGGAAUCGAUACAGGGAUCUAUUUUGACAUGGCAAAUUGAGAAGGCGGGGGAGAAAGUUUUUGCUGUGGAACCUAAAGCGGCACAAAUGGUGAGGGAGAGAACUCCAGCCUUACAGUUGCAAUUUGAUGAUUAUAAGUUGAUGCCUUCCAAGACUGAAUUCAGAGAAAGUCAGACUUUUAGGAUUGGAGCCCCGCUUGGACUGGAGAUUGACCUUUGGGACCUGGACUUGGGUCAGAAGGAGACUGGAGUUGUGGGGACUGCCAGACUUGGAGGAACUUUGAAACACGACUGGAAAUAUCUUUUGAAUUUCAGUUCUAAUUAUGGAGAUUUGGCCGACUUGUCGAGAAGGAAUAAAAACAUUGCUAGAUGGGAAUUUCCCGGAGAUCUACUUUUCAGCAUCAAAGGAAGGAAAAUAAGAACAAGAUCAGGAGAAGACAAAGUAAAGUGCAUGUAUAAACAUGAAGAAGACUUGCAGAAGGGACCUGGAAAAGAGUUAAGAGCCUCGGACAGAAGAUCACCAGGUUGAUGGGCUAUUUGGAAUUGACGGAAAUGACUGGCAGAACCCGAGACCAGGGAGAAGAGACGGUGGAAGAAUAUUGGAAAAAGUUUAAAAUCUAUAUAUGGAAAUAAUGUAAAAUUAAUGAGUGUUAGAAAAAUGUUGGAAGGGAAUUAUAUGGCUUUAGUAGAAAUAUUUUAAGGAAUUAAGUAUAAAUAAGUAUUAUAGUAUUAAUGGAAAAUAAGGUUAAAAUAUGUUAAGAUAAUUACAUGACAGAAAAUAGAGAAAGAUGGAAAGGAUUUGCUGAAACAAUUAAUAGAAAUGGAAUACAAAAAGGAGGUGAGAGGAGGUCGAUGAAACAAGGGAAUGAAAGAGAGGAUAUUGAGAUGGUAUGAUGUGUGUUUUUUUGAAUUGUUUUUGCUUUUGUCUUGUUUAAUGUGUUAAUGUUAAAGCUGCGUUCUGUAUUGUUUAUAUAUUGUAUUGUAUUGUAUUGUUUUCUCUUUUGCUUUUUUUUUCUUUUCUUUUUUCUUUUCUCUUUUUUUCUUUUUGUAAGGUAUAAAAGUAAUAAAUAUUAUUUUUUUUAAAAAAUAAAUCCUCCCUUUCUAGUCCCACCCCACUAUGCCCCUGGAACAUCCCUGUUGGGGGACUUACUGAGUCCUGAAUAGAAUGAGCAAGUUACAGUGGUGUAUCUUUGGCUAAACCAGGGUUGGGGACUUAACUGUAGCUGAACCACUGCAUGCUAAACUGCUCAUCGCAGAGGAUCUUGAUACAGGAUUGCCCCAUUAGUUGCAGACAUCUUUAAUAAGUACAGUUUCCCAAUACCUGUGGCAGAAUUAGUAUAUUAGGAAAGUUGGUUGUGCAGCGUGCAUACAAUUUUCAUCCCUUGCUGACCAGGAAAGCUACAGAUUACUGGGAAAAGCCUGGUUGUCUGAAACUAUCUAGAGAUAAACUAUCCAGAAAGAAGUUCUAUACCUGUAUGCUAGCUUUUAUUUUGUUGUUCAGCUGGGAAGUGAUAGUUGCCAUAUUAAUUUGGUCAAUAUAAAAAAAUGCAUUACAUAAGAUAGAAAAUCUAGUUUGAAAUUUUUGUUCUCCAGAGGUUUUUCCAAAAAUAUUGAAUUAAUUUCUGUAAUCCUACCCUCAUGUCUUAAAAGCAAGUCACAUUAGUUGUUAUCAAACACUGGCACAGCUAAUUGGGGAGAAGAAGAAAAUUCCUCUUUGGAACAGCAGGUGUUAUGAUAAAAGAGCCUAAAACAUUUUGUUCAAAACAACAAAACAGAACUAUUUGACAUUAUUUGUUGUGACAAAAUGUCACAAAGGCCUUUAUUCAAAAUAUGGGCUUUAUUUUUGCUUUUAAUUUUAUUCAUUAUGAAUUUUAUUCAUUUAUUCAUUAUAGCAGAUUUCGAUUGGCAUGACUGACCUUGUCAAUAUGUCCAAGUUUUACAACCAGUUCCCGCAAUCCCUUUCCUCUUUUCAACAUAAGGGAAAAUUAACCUUUUCUGCUUUUUCUAAGCAAUGAUAUGUUGACUUGUGGAACAAUAUCCAAAGACUAAGAAAAUCCCAUGAAUAAAUAAAACUGUUGAAGAUAGCCAAUGGAGAGAAUUUUAGAUUUCAUUUACUUGUACAAGUAAAGACAAAAAAUGGCUUUAUCAAGUACUUCUUGAAAAUUAAGCUUAUUUAAGUGUGGGACUGCGAAUACUCUGUCAUACCUGUCUUAAGCAAAAGAUUCAUUUGUUCAAAAGCAUUUAAAAUUAUCAUAUCUUCUGUAAAAGAAUUGCUAGAAAGAAGGAAAGUAAGAAAGUAAAUUCCUUCCUUCAGUGGUUCUGGUUUUCAGUUAUUUUAUUUCACAUUUGUCCAUAUCUCAGUUAUUGCUUACUCAGUUCACUUACCUACAACAUUUGUCUUAAGUCACAUCAGGGAAUAUUUGUUUGGGGUGUUUAUUCUUUCGUGGCUCUUUCAAAUAGGUAAUUUGCCGCUUGCGCUGAUCAAAGGAGGAACUUGCCUAAAUGAACUCAUCACAUGCUCUAGAAUCUUGUACUGUAUGUGACUCAGUCACAGGUAGUCAUGGAAUGCUAAGCGGUUACCCCUAUUGAAAACACUGUAUCAGCACAGUGGAUAAUGCUAUGCCAAAUGACUAUUAUUAUUAUUUUUAUUUCAUUGUGACAUAUAAUAAUAUGCAACAGUCAUACUAUUUGUUCCUGAAAUCAAAGGCACAGUAUGUCUCACAGGAGAGGUGUUCUCUUUUUUUCAAUAGUCACGUCUUCUAGAGCUGAACAAAGCAUUUUAAUGACAAAAUUAUAUAUCAUACUACAGGGUCGCACAAUAGACUAUGAGCUGCCAUUUUUGCCUUUUAUUUAUACUUAUUUUUGUUUCCUUUGCUUCAGUGAACCCAAAACAAAUAUCGAAAGUGAAUGUCUAUAUCCAUGUUCGUGAUGUUAACGAACAUGCGCCAGAAUUUUUGGAUUACUAUGAGACAUAUGUGUGUGAGAAUGCAGGUUCUGGACAGGUAAGAUGAAAAAGUCUUGUUGAUCUCUUUUCCUCCCUGCUGAGAUCUGCCAGUGCUCAUCCUUUCCUGGCUGCCUGAAAUCGUGUAAGAUUUUCUUAUUUGGACAGGUACUCUGGGAUGAAUGAUUUCUUUCAGUGGCAGCUGAUUUUAGUGGUUCAUAUCAUUGGAGUACUUCUCCUUUCCAGUCCACCACAGGAGGUAAAUGGAGAGUGAAGCCUUGCUUUGACCUCAGUCUUGUUGCAUCUCCUCAUCUGCAUUGCUUUCUGUUUCACUUUUGUUAUCACUGUGGGUGUUUGUUGACCGCUUCUUUGGAUGGCCAUGAGGAAAAAAAUCAGUCAUAUGAUCCUGGGUUUUUCAUCAGUGCUUGGCAUCCCUUUAGAUGGGUCAUUGCUCUGGACAGGUGUUUCAUUGUCCACUGUUGAAACUGGAACUUAUAUAUUGGGACAGGUAUGCAAAUUUUGAAGAAGAAAUGGAACUGGUAAAACUGUGAAAUGAGACAAAAACAGAAACUGGCUCUGUAAUUGAUCUGCAUUGUCUUCUUACCUUCUACCUGCUUCAUUCCCUGUCCUCUCAGUGCCAGGUUUCCAUAAUGCUUGUUUGUGUUGUUAAUAAGAGCUGUAGUCCUUUUCUUUCUAUGUGUCUGUCUGCCACCCUCCUCUCGUAUUCUCUCCUGCAAGCACAAUAUUACUGUGCAGGUUCAAAGUUGUGGCUGACAUUCAUCAGCUGUGAAACUGAAAUAUAAUGUCAUAGCUCAUUUUAAUCAGAUACAGUUGAUGAGAAUAGUUCACGUCCACCAUCACCGGCUACCAUUCCAAUUACUGUCACUGAAUCCAAGAGUCCCCUAGACUACUCACCAGAUAUCCAGAGGAGGUUGAAUCUAAUCACUAACAUGAAUCCUCCUAUCUUCUGUAUAUCUCCUGCUUAUGAUUCACUCAAACUUAGGACUAGCUACUCAGGAUGUUAAAGGGGUGGCUUGCAGGAAUGUCAGGUUUUUUUUAAAAAAUUGGAAUUGGAAUCAGGAUUGAGACCACAGUACAUAGAAAGGGGAGGUUUAACCCUUCUAUUUUGACCAGAAUCCUGGGGGGGGGGUCCACUAUUCAGUGGUUUAAACUUUUAAGAUGAGCCAGUCACUUUUAUGAUCAUUCUAUACCAGUUAUUUACCUCCUUUUGUUAAUCCUGGUGCAUGCCACCUUGGGAUUUUUUUAAUGAAACGUGGUAUAUAAAUAUUUUGAUUUAAACAUAUAAUGUCCUGUGUACUAAUCCUGUACUCCAGCUUCUAAUGGUUCACCAGCUGUAUCCAGUCUACAUCUGGGUCAGACUUUUUAAAGAAAGAAGUAAGAGCAGUAUAUUAAAGACAUACCACUUAGCAGCCUCAUGUUUAUCUUGUCUGCAAAGAGGGACAUGAUAAGAUCUCUCAAAUGCCUGUUAGCUUCCGCAGAAACAUCACCAGCAUCUCAUAAUAACCCAUGGUAUUGAAAGCUGAUGCACAAUGAGCAGAGAAUGUGUAUUGAUCACUCUAUAAGGGCACAAACCUCAUACGAGUGCCAUCGUGAUGAAAACAAGAAUUGUGGGGGCCCUAGAAACCAAUAACAAUGCUAUUCAGGUGAAUCAUAAAUGCCAAGGUCACCACACAAUACAUCAACAUUGCCAGACACGCAGCAGGUGGGCCAGAAAACUGCAGGUUUUAGACUGUCUAGUGUUCUCCCUUUUAAAAGGGUAGCACGUAUAUUUUCAGUCACUGUGCCAGCUUCUUCCAAGCAAAUCCUUUCCUAGUGUCUAAAUAAUGUGAAAUUGGGCCUUAUGAACAGCCAGGAGCAUGUCCCAUUUCAUGUAUGCUCUUCCUGACCAAUUUCUGAAGAGGAGAAAUAAUGUGAACUGGGCCUUCAUAGGUUGUGUGCUCAAAUAGAGGGUUUGUUUCACACUGAAGACUAAUUCCCUAGUGAAGGGGAUAGACUCAAGCCCAGUGGCAACUGAUGUGCACUAGACCUGUUGGGACUUCUAAGAGGUCAUGUGGUGUGGCAUGUGAGAGGUCACAGGGGCAUAGCCAGGUACUCAGUUUCCCCCCUUGCAAAUAUAUUCCAGACACUUAAGAAUUGCUGUUUAUAAAUAGGCAGCACCUAACCAAACGGAAAAAUGUCAUAUAUAUUUUUCAGAAUUGUUCUAUGAUGGGAAAGAAAGUUGUGUAACAUCCACCUGUUCUGGUUCUUCUCAUUUCCUUCUUCUUUGCAGGGAAACCGUAGAGACUUAAAACAUUGUUGUUUCAUCAAUACUUAGCACCUAAAUGAGCAGUUGUAUAGGGGUAAGCAGGGUUAAGAUUCAGUGGAUGUCUGGUUGAGUCAGGAGGUUCUGGAAAUUUGUCCAGAACCUCCUGGUUUGGUCAGACUAAGCCCUGGUUGCCCUACCUAAUGGAACAGCAUCUACUGAUAUUUCUCCAACAAUAUCUCAGCACUGAUCCUGACCAAAUAUAUGAACCAGGGCUAAGAUUUCAUGAAGCCCUCUACAUAGUUGCUUCAAGCCCCCAAACCCAUCCCGAAUGGAAAUAAAGACACAGUGGAGACAGAAAUUAGUUUAAAUGUUAAUGGGCAAAUUUUGGCCACAACUUUAUUAAAAUACACAAAUGUGACUGGCAUUGGCUUAGGCAUUGGUAUCAAACUAUAUCUGGCUCCUGCUCCACCCUGCAGGAAGUCUGGAAGGGUAAACAACCAGCAGGGGGAUCUCCGUCAGUGUAUAUUGACUGGUGCUCACCCCUGGGGUUUCCAGGGGUCCUGGCAUGGCCCUAGCCCCUCUCGGACGAGCUCCAGACCCCCAGAUUCCUUUAAUGGAAUACCCUAUUCAUUGGAGGGGCAGGUGAUGGCCACACCUCCCCUCCCCACAUUACCCUAAACCAAUGCCUAACUGCCAAACCUUACAAAGUUGUGACAAUUGCAAAGAGGUAGGCAAAAACCAAGUGGCCACAGCCAAUCUGCCACAUUGGAAAAAAUUCCUACCUGGCCCCCAUUCCAAAAACAGGCAACCAACCGAAGUCCAAAGCAAGGCCGAACACAACCUAAUUAACGGGUGGGUGGGUGUUCAGCAGGGCAAAGCAAAGGGAGGUCCCUAUGUCGUGCUGCCAAAUAGAUACCCCCAACUCCCAACCUUACCACGCUGCUAAUUGGAUAAAGGCCAUUGGCAUAACUGUGGCACCACUGGCUUGGAGCGGGGCAAGCCCUGCCCACAAGCUGGUUAGGGAAGAGUUUCAGGGCCGAGCACAACAUGGACCCUCUGUUAGGAGGAUCCAACUUACCUUAAAAGUAAAAAGAGAUUCUUUGUUAAUGUGGCUUACAUCUGUUCAAUCCAAUGUAGGAGAGUCCAUUUGUAAAAUUCCCAAUAAAAAUCACUUCCAUAGAAAUUUUGUUUAGUAUUUAUCAAGAUUCUGGAAGGAAAGCUGCAUUUAGUAAAGUGAUUGCAUCCUCUUUUUGCCUUUAUUGUGACUUUUGGGUGCUCUUGAACUUUUUGAUUUACCCUCUGGCAAUGGGUCUCUCUCUAUAUGUAAGUCCUUGGGACUAUCAUAUGAAAACAUAACUUGGUAAUAAAAACUAAAUGUAAAAGGAGAUUGAUUUUUCCAUAACUCUAUCCAUCAUGCUUACCAGACACUUUAAAUAGAUUUCCAUUAUACUUUUCAUGUCAGUGCUCCACACCUUCCACAAACCCAGGCAUCGGCUGCACAAUAGCUGACUUUUUCUUACACAAACCAAGUCCAGCGCACUCCUAGAGUUGGAUUCAUUGGUCUGUAAAACACUUCAAAACAGGAUGUGCAUGAAAGGAACUCAAUAAAAUGAAAGUCUAAUCCUUUGAUAGCCAUCAGAUGUAACAGAAUAAUACCAGUAAAUUGUGUGUUACAUUUACAUGAAUUUACACUGCCUCUCUUCAGCUCUCAGAGCAAACUAUAAAAGCCUGGGAAAUAUGAUCAGAUUAAAACCUGACAAAACAAAGAUCUUUUUUAAUUAGCUCCACACUGUACUUUAACUGAUUUAUUAUUCCCUGUCAUUUCUAUAGUUCUUAAAGUGCAAAGUAAUUAUGCCAUUCACCUACACAACACACACAUGUAAGACUCCCAUCUUAUAAAUUAUGCUGGUUGCUAAGAUUCUCAUUUGAUAGAUGCAGGGUUUAGGUCUUUCCCAAGUCCUUGUGCAGCAGAACUUUGAAUUAACAUCCAAACAACCUGUAGAGUAUUUAUCGCUUAUAAACUGCUCCUAAGGUUCAAACUACAUGCAGGGGUCACAAACUUGGAUCUGCCUAAGUGGCAGAGUGUGUGAUUUAAAGUACCAAGCGGAGAAAUGGGUGAGACAGAGUGAAGGAACAUGCACACAAAACACACCAUUUUACUAUGUACUUUCCUUUCCCAGGUUACUUUUUUUCUAGUAAAAUGUCUCAUAUCUGACCAGAACUAGGAUAAAAAUGACUUUGGGGUGGACUAAAUUAUCACUUGCCCUUUCCUUUAACAUGAUCAAGGUAGGUUUGAGUCUGCUGUUAUUUGGAGACACAUGUCUUUGGCUCUCUAGUCCGUUCUGGGAUAAGACUUGCCGCAGUAAAGCAUAAACGUUCAGGACAGAGCAGUUGUCAGUUUGCAAAUAAAUCCUAUUGCUUUUAGUUGUGCUUACUUCCAAACAAGGGUGCCAGAAUGGCGGCAAUAUAUCCAGCAAUAUAAAAGGGGACCAAAUUUAUCUUAGACGCUACAGCAGAAUUAAUCUGACUCAGUCAGAAUUACCACAACCUGGUUCUGACCUAAAAAAGAUUGAAACGUUCUGCUUCAAAUGUGUUUGUAGACAAGUAAGUAAGCAAGCCGAGCAACAUUUGUUAUUGUGUAUUAUAUGUAGGGCUGAGCCAGAAGGGAGUCUCUCUCUCUCUCUCUCUCUCUCUCUCUCUCUCUGACACACACACACACACACACACACACACACACACACACACCUUUGCUAGAAUUGGAAGAAGUAAUACACUUUCAUCAUUUGUUCAGGAUAAAUAAAAAAAGUUUCAUUUUUGAUCCCUGAUAGUUUGUGAUCCCUGAUUGUUUAGGAUUGUGCAAAUGAUUUGUACAGUGAGCAUUGCUUAAAUGACCUUCAUUUGCCCUUAGGGAUGUCAGACAAUAACCCAAAAAGGUUGGCUGCCUAGUAUUUUGGCAUUCAAUACAUGAUCCCAGAUGGCUUGGAUUACUUGCACUGGAAUGAAAUGGGGGGGGGAGAGAUAUGGGCAGCAAAUAAGCUGCAAAGUGGAAUGCUAAGGUGAAUGUUUUGAUUAGCCAAUAAAAAAGGAACACAGAUUAUGUGGGGCAUUGGUCCUCAAACCAUGGAUUUCAAGCUGAAAAAGAAACAUGAGGGACACCUGUUGUUGUUGUUGUUGUUGUUGUUGUUGUUGAUGCUGUUGCUGUUACCAGUCACAUUUUAUAACUGUUUGAUUUCAGGGCCAAUUUAAGCAUUAUGUUAUUGCUCUUUAAAGCUCCCAAUGGCUUGUAAGCAGUUUGUGUGCCCAGGCUGAGACCCCCUGACCCCAUGCGACACCUGGGUGGAAUAAUGACUCGUGACAACGUGUUAUGGGAUUAAAAUUGGCCGCAACUUUAUAAAACUUUCAGAUGUAGGAAGACCUUGGCUUUGGCACUGGGUGUUUAUCCCUCCCAGUCCCCGUCCGGGGAUCUGGGGCACAUCAGGGUUAACCAAUCUGUCUGGGGAUUGGGCUGGCUUUGGAAGACGUAUGUUUAAGCAGAGAGGCCCCCUCCCCAUUUCACCACAACACAGGGGAGUGCACUGACAACCUUUCAGCGUAUGGCCAGUGACUCCCCUCAACACAACCCCUUUAAUGGGGAACCCUGGGAUUGCCACCAUGGGGGGGGGCGCAUGUGUGUCACCGCUUCACACACACACCAUUUAGGGAAGAUAGAUUAAAGGAUUCCAGCCAAGGCCUAAAACUGCCAAAGUUGUAACAUUUUGCUACGGGGAAGGCAAAACCUGCCAAUGCAGGGGAAAUUCCUUCCCGGUCCUUUCAUGGCAACCAUUGUAAGACUGCAGCAGCGCUCGCAUACCUGUAAAGAAGAAGCCAACCUGCAAUAAAAGGCCUAAAUGAAGGGAGGAUAGGGUGGGUGAAGCUCUGGAGCCGACUGAGAGCUCCCAGGUAGGCUCCACCCUCUUUUAUGCUUAAAGAGUGGACCCUGCCCUCACUUGGUCCGCUCCCCUGGCUCCGCCUCCCCAGUCGUGAUUGGUUAUUUGAACCGAGGUUUGGCGAGAACCUCAAGGUUCGCGACUUGGGGAGGUGGUCCAGAAGUGCUCUGCCAGAAGUCACAUAGGAUCAGGGGUACUGGGCGUGGGCACACAAAAGGCGCCCUCCGUUUGAUGUGGAGAGCGGUCAUUAUUGGAAGAACUGCUUACAUCCAUAUGUACCUGACCAAACUUGUUUAUCACCAUAUGUUGCUAGUUUACUAGUGAAAAUGAUUCAGUUUGUAAGUAACAUGGAUCAAGCCUUCUUCGUGGUGGCUCUGUUUUGCCAGAGUGCCCUCUACUCUCUCCAUUGCCUUUUACGGUUUUCGUAAAAACUUUUUUUCAAAAAUUAGUUUGCAUUGGGAUGAUUUUGUAGUUGUUUCAUCUAAUAACUGGUUUAUCUGCUGCUGUAUUUUAAUCAUUCUUACUGCUAUUUCAGAUCUUGAACUUUUAUGUAUAGUGCAUUUUUUAAAAACCCAGCUUGAAGACAGUAUUCAAUGUUCUCACACCCUUGGAGAGCAUGAAAUCCAUGAAAAUGGUUUUUUAUAAAAGCAUUUAUAUAUUAUCCUCUCAAAAAAUAUCAGGGUGGUGCAUAUCAGUACACAAACCUUUAAAAAAACCCUUUAGAAGUAUUACAGAAGAAUCAUUAAAAUGAGUGGCUACUCAAUAAUUCUUUUAAUAACCAACAAAAGAAAAUAAUAACAACAAUAAUAAUAGUAGUGUAUCCCUGCUAUCUCGUGGACAUUACAGUUGCUUUGCAUGAAGGAAGAAUAAUAUUUUUUUUCUGAGGGUGAGAUACUAUGUUUACUUGUAUCUUUCUGAAAUAAUACUGUCCUCUCUAAUACAUAUUUAUUCUGGCACAAAUACCUGCAAUUUGUGUAUCAUCUGUGAAUUGACUUUGAUGCAGCAAUUUACUUGACCAUUUACUUAUUAGCUCGUAAAGUGGCUGAAUGUGUAUUUUGCACUUUGAAACAGAGAUAGCAAGGCAAUACAUAUUUACCCAGCACUUAGCAUAAAAUAAAAUAGUCAGCAAUUACAGUCAAAGUGAAAGCUACUUACUUGACAUUAGUUCUCUAUAAAAGAGAGAUAAUGCUACAAAUGCCAGGAAAAAUAACAGCUUGAAUAUAAUUCAACCAUUUUUUAAAAAAUAUAUAACUAGGGAGGCAUUCUGUAUAAAUUAAAACAAUAUUGAUAAUCUAUAUGUAGUGGAUCAAAAAAAGAAAAAGAAACAAUAAGUGAAAAGUAUUGGAAAAUGUCAGCAGAGACCAGUUGUUUUAUUUACAUGCACUUCUAGACCAUGGGAAAUUUGAUCCCUAAUUGUGAAAUUCCUACCUGUUUUUAUGUAGGAAGAUGAGAAUGAAGAUAAUAUUUUAUAAAACAAGCAAGGGUCCAUAUGAACAAGUAGAACAUGAAACAAAAUGCUGCAGACUGAAGUGCUAUUAUUCAGAGCAGGGAUAGAUUUAGGGGAGUGUAACCAGUUUGGUCACUGUAGGCGAUGUCACAACCAUUUUUGCCAUUCCACUGUUCUUCCCCUUUUGGGGAUUCCCCCUCCUACACACCUUAGUGUUUUGCUGUUGUUUUUCUGCAAAGUUUGGAAUUUCCCCCAGACGUGCUAAUAUGACUCUCUUGUGUGUGGAUGUUGCAUCUUUGGCUAUCGGAAGAUCUACACAUUGCAACUGGCUUCACUAAGACUUUAUAGGAUUUGCCAGAAGACAGCAAGCCAUUUAAGGAGGGUGUUCAUCUGAAUAUGUGAGGGGCAAAUGGAGUCCUAUGGCUUCGGGCCAAGCUUCCUCACCCAACCUGUCCCCAGUGUGAAUGUACCUUCUGGCCAUGCACCCAGUGGCUGUGCAUUUAGGUUUAGUGAGGAAGGUACCCCACAGAGAUUCACACAGAAGACUCCUCCAGUUCUGAGAACCCUUAACAGCAGGCUUCCUCAAACUCAGCCCUCCAUAUGUUUUUGGCCUACAACUCCCAUGAUCCCUAGCUAGCAGGACCAGUGGUUAGGAAUGAUGGGAACUGUAGUCUCAAAACACCUGGAGGGACAAGUUUGAGGAAGCCUGCUUAACAGGUUCCCCAAAGGGUGUGGGAGCUGUAUUCAUCUAAAGCAUGGAUUGGCAAACUAAGCCCCGCGGGUUGGAUCAGGCCCGAUUGCCUUCUAGAUCCAGGCAGCCAGCAUAGUGCACAUGCAUGAUGGUUUUUGUGACUCAGCCAGGCUCGGGGGUCAAAAGUGAGAUGGGCAGCUGCUCAAGACAAGUCCCUUCUCUGUCUAUCAUGUGCGCGCAGCAAUCUUUUCUUCCGGGGUGGAGGGUGGGGAAGAGGGGAAAGGAGCCACAGUUCAGAUUUUCACCAUGGAGCUGCCGGUGACUGACCUCAGAAAGGGUAGUUGUGGUGGUAGGGGCUCGGAGGCGCCUCAGGAGCAAUGCCCACCAGUGUCUGUAGUGGCAGUGCUCCCCACUGGAGGAAGCGGUGAGCGCCUGGGCGGCUGCACUCCAAAGCAAUUCUGCGCUCUGCUGGAGAGACUGCUCGUUAGCUACAUGGUGCAAGCCAUGGAAAGGUAAAUAGCCACCACCUUGUAUUCCCUCACCUGGGGAAAAGAACGUUUUAGCUUGAGCGGCACCAGCCUGACUUAGCGUGGCCAAUGGCUUUUCUCUUCACCCAUGCAUGCACACACACUCAACAGGAAUGGCACACUUACCUCAGCCCCCCACCCCCCACCUUAUGAGAGAAAUAAUAUCUGUCAACACGAAAAAUGCAAAGGAAGCAGCAUGGGUGUAUGAGGCACCCCCCCCAAAAAAAAUAACAUUUGGGCAAUGUGGGGGUUGAUCCCAAUAAGUUUUUUUGCCAGAAAUGCGGGUCAUAGUCAUGGCAACAUAUAGUCCGGGCCUCCACAAGGUCUGAGGGACAUGCUACAAUAAUCUGAUUGGUGGAACCUCGGGGCCACAGGAUGGCGUCUGAUAGUUGUUUGUGACAAUAUAUUGGCAGCCAUCUUGAAUUUAAAGAAGUUCUUAUGUGGGAGUGAUUAAAAGAGAUGGAUAGAUCAUUCUGUUUCUGAUUUGUGUCAGUUUCACAUGUGUUAAUAUUUCUGUCCCAUUCCAUUUUUGCAUCCAUCUGCAUUAAAAUACAAAAACAAACGAUGAAUGUAUUGUUUCAGAGUAUAUCAGUUUCUGUGUGCAUUUUGUUUGUGUUUCAUCCUAAAGUAUAUAUUCUGUACACAUUUUGGUAUGUUCUUUGAGCUGUGAAGUAUAAUGCAAAAUUUGAAGUGCAAGAAAACGGCAGUUUGAGUCUGAGAUGUGAAUCAAGUAAAAAUCUUCAAGUCAAAUGAAAUCCUUGAACAUCACUAACCAUCCUUGAAAAGAAAAAUGAAGUGUGUUUGAAGCUCCCAUGUAAUGCUAAUGAAAAGGAGGCAGCUCAGAUGAACAGGGCUUUUUUCAGUGAAAAUCAGCCACUGACAAAUCAGCAAAACGGACCCUGGGAGAGACAGAAGGAAUAAGAAGUCAAAGCCCUCUACAGCUAUUCAGCUUGACCAUGCAAGGAUGAAGACAAGGGGCACAUGCACCACACUUGCCCACAGAAACCUCCCCUGCAAUUUUUGCCUUCCAAUGAGAUGACAUAAUGCCUAAGAAGGGUUCAAGUUCCUGUUGCAGUAGUGCACAGCUUCCCAGUUUGGAAAUUCAUUUUCUGUGGUAGCUACUGAUUUUAUCUUUACCUUUGGCUCUGGUGCUGAGAAAGAAAGUGGGAAAUGAAAGGUGAGAGGAUCACCCACUGAAAAAUAUACAGUGGUGCCCCGCAAGACGAAUGCCUCGCAAGACGGAAAAACCGCUAGACGAAAGGGUUUUCCGUUUUGGAGUUGCUUCGCAGGACGAAUUCCCCUAUGGGCUUGCUUCGCAAGACGAAAAUGUCUUGCGAGUCUUGAGAUUUUUUUUUCGCUUUCCCCCCCCUUUAUCUAAUCUGCUAAGCCUUUAAUAGCCUUUAAUAGCCUUUUAGCAGCUAAUCCCCUAAGCCUUUAAGCCUUUAAUAGCCGCUAAACCGCUAAUAGCGCUAAUCCGUUAAGCCGCUAAUAGGGUUGCUUCGCAAGACGAAAAAACCGCUAGACGAAGACUCUCGCGGAACGGAUUAAUUUCGUCUUGCGAGGCACCACUGUAUGUGCAAGGUUGGAGAAUAAUUUUUCUCUCAAUACCCACGAAGUUUAUAUACUCUUCUCUCCUUCCCUUCCAACUGGUAGAGAAGGUUAGUAGUGUUAAGGAUGCAAUGGGGAAGAAAUUGGAUUAUUCAUCUGAAGUGAAGGCCAAAUUAGCUACAAGUUUUGAUGGGGAAGAGAUUCAGUGAGUUUGCAUUUUAACCAGACGUGCCUUAUUUGCACUUGCUGAAACAAUAUGCGAACCAAAGCACAACUUUGAAAUGUGCAGUUCUUUGAAUUUUGUGAUGAUCUUAUCCAACCAGGAAAUUCGCGCAGACAUACGUAUAUACUGUGCUCAAAAUAGCAUAUAUUUCUGGAAAAUAUACACUGCAUGAUAAAAUGUGCAUAUUAGAAAUGCACACUAAAAUGCUGGCAAUUUUUUUAUGAAGACUCCUUUAAAAAAAGAAAUACAUUAUGCCUGGCUGCAUAAAUGUGGCAACCUGAUCCCAAGACUGGAAAAAAUAUGAAACUGAAAGAAACUAUAGUUGACCAUUUUCUCCAUCCCCUGCCACAAUAAUUUCAAGGCCCUCUGGUUGUAUCAGACAGACUUCAAGCUGUAAAGAUUUAGUUUGCUUUCAAGGUUUUUAGGAGCUAGAGCUGCUUCCACUCAAAGGCUGACCUAAGGCACUUUUCUGCUGCCUUAGGUUGAGCAUUAAAGUCCUCAUCCCCGAGUCAACAUGCAGAAUACCCAAGGCCAGUCAAGUUACGCUGAAAGCUCCCCAUCCUCUAUGGCAGUACAAAUAUAAUCAUGAUAUCAAAUGCAGCUGCCUGAAGCAGUUGCUUCACUAUGUCUAAUGCUAGGGCUGACCCUUCUCUAAAGCCUGGAUUUUUACUCAAACCAAUUUCAUUUUUAAACAAUGACCAGGCAAGUUCCCCAGUUAGUAGUCUUCCCCAGUGACUUGUAGAUUGUUACAGUUUUCAGAUUAAUGAGCCUUGAUAUGACACAAUUCUUGGCAAUUAGAUUUCAGCACAAUCAAUAAAUCAACCCAUGCAAGCUUUCCAAAGCAAUAUCCAACUAUGUUACCUUUGUUUUAACAUAAAGCAUGAAGUCAUAUUAGACCAUGAUGCAGAAACAAUUAGUGCACUGUUUUCAUUUUUUAAAAAAGGAGAUGAUUGUUUAACUAGUGAACUGCUGUCUAUCAGGUAGUUUCAGACCAAAGUAGAAACGAUGUGGGAGAUCAUUAAUUGUUUUAAAUUUAUACUCCUCUGAAUCUUGUGAGACAAUUCUCUAACCAAAUAAAUGCUUACAAAAAUGCAAAUAUUCAGAGGAAAUUGUUCACAAAACCCCAUAUAUUACAUAAAAUACCAUGCAUGUCAGAGGAAAUUGCUUGUAAAAAUGUAUUUGUCGGCAAAAUUGCUUACAGAACUGUGCACAGGAAAAAAAUGCAUUAAACUGCUGGUGAAUUUUCAAGAGGAUUUUUUUUUUAAAUGCAAACUGAUGCAGAACACUUAAUUUGAGCCUUGAAAAAUGAGAAACUGGGUGGGGUGGAUGACACUGACAGAUGGUCCAUUCUUAAACCACACCCACUAUUGUUUCUGAAGGGGAAGAGGGAGCAAGGGGAGUUUGCCUACCCAAUCUGUCCAUGAGUAUUCUGCCACCAUGGAGUUGUAUCUAAUGUAAAGUUAAGUCAUUACAAGGAGCUGCUGCUACUGCUUGAAGAGACAGCUGACAAGUUGUAGUAGCUAGAGUUAGAGGACCUGCUGUUGCAAUCCUGUUAUGAUUAGAUCAGUAACUUAGGGUGUCAUAGGUGUAAUGUGAAAUAGUUUGUUUUUAUGUCAGGUUGAUGCAGAAGCUUGCAUCUCAUCCUAAGAACUAAAGCAGCAGAUGAUAGAAUCAGGCUGUUAUCAAUGAAAAUAAACAUUUAAAAAUCAUUUCUUUAAAAAACUCUAUUAGCCCAUCAUUGCAUUGAACUAUGGUUGUGCCAUAAUCACAAAGUAAUUUCUGUGGCUGUCUGUUGGCUUCUCUGACCCUGUACUUGGCAAGGCUGGGUUUUUAAGCCCCAAUUAGCCAUUAAACAGCAUUUUAGAAGACUUACCCUCUUAAUGAAAGAAAUGAACUGGUAGUGCAUUGAAAUGGCAAGAUAAUGUGGAGCUAAAAUAGCAAGAUAAAAAAUGUUGUCACUGAUAAUGUACAAUUUGCCCAAUGAUAUCAACCGAUAAUGGAAGACUCAAGUGUUCCCAUAAUCAAUCUGUUACUAUCUCAAAGAAUCAACAAUUCAGCACAUGAACUUGUCACAAUCUUGCGGUCACGGCAACUAUAAUACAUCACUUGAGUGAUGCCUAUGAUGUUUGUGGGCUGGAAGGAAAUAGGUUUUUGUAUUGAAGGAUGUGUUCAAAUAUAGAAUGAUAUACUUUUCACCUUGGAGAACAAAGGAAGGGCAGAAUACUUUAUACAUUAUUCUUUUUUUCCCCCCUUAUGGAAACUUUAUUUAACCUUUGCAUUUUCAAUUCCAGAAGCCAUUUGCAUUAGCCCACGACUUUAGUGCUUAUCUCCUCCCAAUCAAUACAAAAUCAAGUGGCAUAAUUGUAGGACAUUAGAAAAUCAACAAGCUCAACAGGCUUGUGUUAAGUGAUGUGCAUUUGCUGCUGCAGCUAAUACAUUUCCUGCCCUUCAGAGACAAGGCAGGGGGAUUUCAACCUUACUAAUUGAAUGGAAUGUCUUGCACGCAAUUUUGUUGCAUUGCUUUCAAAGGCAGCCAAUAAUAUUUGGUGCUAAGCAUAUUGUUUGCCAUUGUUUGCUUUUAGGUUAUUCAGACCAUCAGUGCAGUGGACAAAGACAAUUCUGUGGAGGACCAUCAUUUCUUCUACUAUUUGAAUGAGGAGGCCACAAACAGCUCUGGUUUUGCAGUCAAAGAUAAUCAAAGUAGGUAUUGUGUGCACAGCCCUUGAAAUAUUUCUGCAUAGAAUUAAUGCUCAAUUUGCCACUUUAAUUUUGAAACUUUCACUAGACCUGUUCAGACAUUCACCUUCAUGUGUUCUCAGAAAUUGUGGAGGGAGGAACUAGUUGUGCAUACCCUGUUUGUGCUGACUGCAGCCUUAGAUCUUGAAUCUAAAGAUGGAAUUUUCAUGUGUUCAUUUGAAUGAACUUAGAAUGAACUUAGAAAGCCCUUAGAAGCCUUUAUGCAGCUGGAAACCCUGAGCAAUUGUGGUUCCUGUUCACACAGAAAAUUCUAAACACGUUCAGCUGAAUGUGCAAAGUUUCUCCCUGCUGACCUUCCCACUCAGUUGCAAUAGUAAGAGCCAGUGUGGUGUAGUGGUUAAGAGCAGUAGACUUGUAAUCUGGUGAACUGGGUUUGUGUCUCCACUCCUCCACAUGCAGCUGCUGGGUGACCUUGGGCUAGUCACACUUCUUUGAAGUCUCUCAGCCCCACUCACCUCACAGAGUGUUUGUUGUGGGAGGGAGGAAGGGAAAGGAGAUUGUUAGGCGCUUUGAGACUCCUUCGGGUAAUGAUAAAGUGGGAUAUCAAAUCCAAACUCUUCUCUUCUUCUACAAUUGAGGGUGGAAAUUUUUUUCACAUGUAGACACUGGGGGGUGGGGGCAGUGCAUGUGGUCCUCUCUCCAUAUGUUCUGAGAACUCUUGAAAGCUAACAUCUGAGCAAGUCUAUUGUUCAUCCGGUAAAUAGUACAAAUUGUGGUGUAUAGCUGAGAACCACUGUGGGCCACACAACGGCUUAAUUUUCAGGAUUUAGAAUGCCAGGCUCAACUCAGAGCUCAGCUAUGAACAUCAAUGAUGUCAUUCUCUUUUAUUACCUCACAGGAAUAUUAAUGAGAUUAACUUGCUGUCUGUAAAUUUCUUGCUGAUAUGGCUGGAUAGUUAUCCAAUGAAUAAAAACACACCACAUACAUAAUUAUAUCCUAGUGUUUAGAACCUGGGCUGGUGUCUUCAUCUAAAACGAAUCUGCAGCAUACUCUCACAGUUAAUCAUGUCAAAGUUGUCAGGAACAGUCCCUUUCAGUCAUCCUGGUUUUGGUUUUACACCUGGAUAAUCAAGUGGUGUCUGUGCUUUGCUGUCCCUUUGGUCAGCUGAGGCUGCUGUACCAGCAGUGCACAUACCUUAGGAAAUUAAACCUGGUCUGUGUAAUGCACUCCACAUGGUAUUACCUCUGUAGCUGUUGGUGAAUACUAGCAAAUAGGGUCACUUUGCACCAAUACAUCUGUACUAUGUACCAGUUUGCUUACAGGCACAAUUCGUAGAGAUGGUGUUUACCGUUAAAGUCCUAAACAGCUUAGCCCAAGACAAUUUAGGGAGCAUCGCAUCCCUUAUUAUCCUGCCCAUUUCCUUUGAUUAGAAGAAAUGUCUCCUGUGGUAGAGGCAUAGUCGGUGAGGAUACAGCCUUCUCCAGACUGGUCCCAUAAUAUGAAAAACCAAUGAAGUGUAGUUCAAUACUGUCCCACCCCACACUUGCUGCUUUUUGCAAGGCAUCAAAGAAAGUUUUAUUCUAGCAGUCUUUUAAUUUUUGAAAUAGGCAACACUUUUAUGAUUUUUUUUAAAAACAACAACUGAUGAUGCUGUCUAUUUGAGGUUUUUAAUGAAAUUAUAAUUUUUAUAUGUUGCAAACUGUCCUGAGAGAUGUAUUUACACUAGAAGUAUGGUGUAUAAACACACUAAAAACAACACCACUCACACACACACAUAUAUAUAUAUAUAUUAAAAUGAAUAAGGAUGUUUGUGAUCAUUGGUUAUUUCAUGUGUUGAGCAGAAUAACUAUAGAGUGCUGGAGCCAUUUCCUUUUUUAAAAUAUGUUUUUACUGAGCUGUUGUAAAGCACAAUACUGAAGACAGCAUACUCAACAGUCAGGCACACAUUCCACAAGACACAAAUCUUAAAUACUUGUCAUCAGGCCAGGAAAGCAUUGCUUUAGGAAUUCUGCUAUGUCUGCUGUUUCUGAAACCUUUAUUAGGCAGUGAUCUCAUGAUGUCAUCCCCUCCCCAAUUUAGCUAUUUAUAAUUGAGCUACAGCUAAUAAGCAAAAAUUAAUCUGGCAUGCUUGGCUUUUAUCUAAUUAUAAGAAUGCAAAUAAAAUAACUCAUAGAUCAAAUAAAAUAUUCUAUUUAAGGUGCAGGAAGUUGAUAAGUUAUUGCUUCCAAGAUUUUUCAGUUCCUGAAUUCCUCCACCAAAUGUGGAAGAAAUUGGGUUUGUAUUUAUGGCAUAUCUAUCAUUUAUCUUCUGACAAAUUAAUUACACCUCUUUUCCAUAUCUUAAUGAUAAAAUAUAGUGCUGCUUUUUGCUGAAUGGGACAUAGAUCCCCACAAGCAUUUCUACUAUCAUAUUCAGUCUCCUCUUUUUCUUACUGUGUAGCUUGAGAUCAUUAUAAGAGUUCUGCUGGAUCAGAGCAAAGGCACAUCCAGUCAAACAUUCUGCUCACAGGAGGCAACCAUAUGCUUAUAGGAAGCCUGCAAGCAGGACCUGAGUACAACAGUGUUCUUCUCAGUUGUGAUUCCUAGGAACUGAUACUCAGAGGCAUAUUGCCUCAAACAGUGGAGACAGAACACAGCCAACAUGGCCGGUAACCAUUGAUGGCCUCCAACUCUAUGAAUUUUUCUACAGUUGUUUUAAAGUUGGUGGCUAUCACUACCUCUUGGAGGAGCUAAUGCAAUGGUUUCACUAUGCAACUUUCUUUUGUCUGUCUUGAAUCUUCCAACAUUCAGCUUCAAUGGGUGGCCCUGAGUUCUACUAUUAGAAAAACUUCUCUUGGCUUGCUUCUCCACACCAUUACCUUAAGCCUUCCACACCCUGCUUGAUCUUACCAUCUGCAAGUCUCCUAUCAAGGGUGGGUAUAUUUGCCCCCACCCAGGGACAGAAUAUUUUGUCCCUAAUAACAUUUGUGUUUAAUUCUUGCCAGCUAUAGUCACCUAAGUCUGUGUAAUCUCACAGAGGUAAGGGACUAUAGCCAGAGUCAUAUAGAAAUUAUAAGUCCUACCAGAGUCACUAUUCUUGGUGUAAAAAAAAAAGCCUAUUAAGCACUUACUCAAAUAAGCAACUAUCUGGGCAGUUGUAGCAGAUUGUUAGGAAUUGUUGACUUCUGAUUUAGAGGGGGUGGGGGAGAUGACUAAGGACUAAGGUGAUGCUGAAUUUCAUGAGGUUUCUCCUCAAGGGUCCUUCUCUGCAGCAAAUGAAACUGCAUUCUGACUUAGAAAGCCUAUAGAGAAGCAGCAAGGCAGAUUGCAGCCUCUUUUAUGCCAAUAGUCCAGGGCACUGGGAGACUGCACACAGUUCAGUGGCAGCAUCUUUAGCUUGGUUCUGGUGGGGUUGGUGGGAAUGGUAGGGUUGUUUAUAGAAAGUAAGGAUAGCAUGAGGAGAAAGAAGAGAUGUUCCUCAUCUUAUAGUUGUUUGUUGUUUAGUCAUUUAGUCGUGUCCGACUCUUCGUGACCCCGUGGACCAGAGCACUCCAGGCACUCCUGAUUUCCACUGCCUCCCACAGUUUGGUCAAACUCAUGUUAGUAGCUUCAAGAACACUGGCCAACCAUCUCGUUCUCUGUCGUCCCCUUCGCCUUGUGCCCUCCAUCUUUCCCAACAUCAGGGUCUUUUCCAGGGAGUCUUCUCUUCUCAUGAGGUGAUCUCACAGUACUAGGAGUCAACCAAUAAAAUUGAUUCAAAAGGAAGCACCGCUUCAUACAAUACAUAACAAAAUGUGCAGAAUCAAUGGUGAAAUGGUGCACUAUGACUACUAGCUUUGACAACGUUGCAAAAUGUUAGAUAAAAUUAAGGAUAGGGUGAACAGUAGCUGUUAGCCAGGACAAGUGGGCUCUACAACAAACUGUUGCAGAGUGGAGAGCUCCUGUUCUAUAAAGUUCAGCCUUGCCCAACCCAGUGCCCUCCACAUGUUUUGGACUCCAAUUUCCAUCAGGCCCAGCCAGCAUAGCCACUGGUCAGAAAUGAUGGGGAUUAUAAUCAGCAGUGGAGCAAAUGCCUAGGGAGGCGUGCAUACCCUAUAUCCAGGGGUGGGGCCAGCAGCCCGUGAGGGCAGGGCAAGUGGGAGCAGGGCACUCCACGGGGCCUCCAAGGUGUCUACCUUCCUCCUCAUCCAACAGCUGAGGAGAAGGUGGUGGGCAGACCGUUUGGGGCAGCGCGGAGCCUGUGGGUGCCCAAGCCACUGCAUCACUCACAGGAGAGAUGUGUGGCUCAGGCAAACUGCAGGCCCCGCAGUGAGUGCCGCCUGGCAUUUUGUCACCCCCCUCAGUGGUCAGCCCCUACCACACCCCCUUCCUCCACCCUGAUUAUAAUCAAACAACACCUGGAGGGCACAUGGUUGGGGAGGCUGAUGUAGAUGACAUUUAAGUAGAACUUCCAAGUUCAGGGACAGUAAAUCACUGAGGGUGGCCUAGUGCCUUCAUGCUCUUCCUGAUAAAUAUGGACUGGCUACUGCUGAAAACAGGAAGCUGGAUUAGGUAGUAGGAUACUAAAUUCUUUCCCUCUUAUGUAGAGCACCGCUGGCAGAUUCUUAUUCCAGCAGCUCUUUCACAGAUCUGCAGAUAUAGUGCUCUGAAAUAAUAAAAAACCCUCAGAACAAAAUCUCAAAAGCCAAUUUUAUCUCUUAAUAAUUGCUUUCUAAAUAUGGCAGAUUGUAGGAGUAAUAACUUCCCCAUUAUCUCUUAAACUGCCAAACACUGGUAGUAUUAGAAAGGGGAAGAGCGUGCAAGGGAGAGAGCAGGUUUUUAAAAUGAAGUGAAGAUUUAAUAUUAAUAAAAGCUUCUGCUUUGUAUUUAGUUCUGCUAAAACACAGUUAAAGACAAAGGCACAGUUCACAAUUAUUUAACUUUGUUUCUUGUUCCCCCAUUACACUGUUUUCAUCGAUAGACAGAUGACAUCAUAUGAAUGACUUUUCUGUGCUGCGAUGUUAUGCAGCAUUUGUAUUGAUCCCUUAGGCUGAGAAAGAAUCGUAAAGGGGGGACACCAAUCGAAACUAAUCUGAGGGGAAAACCUAAGUUCAACAGCUGAUGAAAUUGCAGGAAAGGAGACCACUUAAAGGCAGCCUUCUGAGACUUAGAAGAAGAGCUAUUUCAAAUUCAACUAAAGUAUACAUUGCUCAUAUUGACUUUGCUAAUUAUUUGAAUGUUCUGGCUAGGUGAAUAAAUCAAUACAGCUAACUUUUGGAAAGUUCACUGUAUUCUGAAUAAGAAAUUGCUUGGUUCAGAUGCUGCCUGGCCCACAAAAUAUGUGGCCUUAGACUAACCACUGCCUCUCAGCCUCACACCACCCAGGUGCACAUAAUACGAGUCUACCUUAUUGAGUUAGUACUGCAAGGGUUGCUGAGAUUAUGUAGGGAUGAUGAUGAUAGCGGUGCAUCUGAACUAUACAGAUUUUAGCCAAUGUGCAGCAUAAUCCUAAACACACUUAUGAGGAGGCAAGCUCCACUGAUCUGAGUGGGACUAAGUUGUCCCCUUAGCAUCAUGAUUUCCAACUUUCUUCCCCCACACCUCUUUAUCUGCACAAAAUAUGGCACAGUGUUUCUCAUAAAUAAGAUAUUCUAACUGAACAUGAAUUGUUGGACUUGGAAACCCAUAAGCAAUGUCAUGAAACAAAAUCAUAUUUUUUGUUAUUAUUUUUUAAAGAUAAUACAGCUAGAAUUAUCACCACACGAGGGGGAUUUCAUCGUCGAGAACAGUUUAUUUUUACCUUACCAAUCCUAAUUGCUGACAACGGAAGUCCACCCCUCACCGGCACAAACACUUUGACCAUCACUGUGUGCGAUUGUGACCACGAACCUAGUCUCCAGUCAUGCAGAUAUGGAGCAAUGCUCUUCUCAAUGGGCAUCAGUGUACAAGCUUUAGUUGCUGUUGUAGCUUGCCUACUAAUAAUAUUAGGUAAGAAAAACAAUCCUUUCUUCAUUUCAUAUUAUGUCUUCUUGGUUCCAUGGAUUUGUUGCCCAGAUCAUGGUCUGUAUUACCCAAAUUAAAACCUGACAGAACUCAUAUAUGAGUCAAUGGCACCCUUUUUUUAGACCGAGGACCAUACAGUGGUACCUCAGGUUUUGAAUGUCUCCGUUGAUGAACAUUUCAGUUUUUGAAUGCCGUAUACCCAGAAGUAAAUGCUUCAGUUUUUGAACACACCUCAGAAGUUGAAUGUGCCACGCAGCUUCCACUGAGUACAAGAUCCUGAGGCCUAGCUGUUGGCUAUUGAGUUUUCGGUUUUCGAACAUUUCAGAAACUUCCGGAAUAGAUUAUGUUAAAAAACCGAGGUACCACUGUAUUCACUUCUGGGCAAUCUCCUUAGAGCAAGAUGCCAGUGGUGGACAAGGCCAGAGGCAAAAAUAGCCCAGAGGAAUGAAUGUAACUUUUAUCAUUGUAUAAUAGGCUAGUUUCUACACACAUGCACAGAAAUACAUCCUCACUAUCCUUUUCCAGACAAGGAAGAGAGAUGAUUAGAAUUAAAGAAUGCAUUAUAGCCAGACAGCUGGUGUACAAAGUAGAACCAGUGAGGGGUGUGGGCUGAUGAGAUAACGCAUAGCCUGGGGAGAGUUCCAAGGUCCAGAUAGACGUGCCUGGAGGACUACACUUGACUCCCAGCCCUGAGUUUCCCUUACCCUAAUUUUCAACACCUUCAUGGUGAUUAUAUACUGGACGCAACCUGUGCUUUUGUAUCUGUGACAGUACUCACUGGUACAGGGUGCCAUCAUCACUUUCCUUUGCUACUAUGACAACGAUUUUGUGCUGGUGCAUAUAGCACUUUUAUCAAGAUAUGAGUACCAACACCUCAAUUUUUUAAAAAACUAAAAAAGCACCAGACACAAAACCCCAUUUACAAUAACUCAUAGACCCCAUUUAUCUACCCCAGUUCUAUAGACAUAUAUGUGCUCAUAAUACUACCAUGCUCAUGAUCCACACUCUUCCUAUCUCACCCAUGAAACCAGAGUCUAUAAAACUGGUCACACUGCAGUAGCAUCAAGAUUAGUAAAAAUUGUGUGUGUGUGUGUGUGUGUGUGUGUGUGAAUUUCUCAAGUAUUUCACCAGCACCACGCUUUUAUUUGUUUGCUUGGCAGUUUUUAUUCUAGCAAUUGUGGCCUUGAAGCAGCAGACAAAGCAAUCUCUAUUUCACAAGAAAGGAGGAGAAGCAUUCAGAGAAAACAUUGUGAAGUAUGACGAUGAAGGAGGUGGGGAGCAGGACACGGAGGCUUUUGAUAUUUCAGCCCUGAGGAACCAAACUGUCCUCAGAGAACACAAACCUCGAAGAAAUAUCACAACACAGAUCCAGAGCCUUUACAGGCAAUCUCUGCAGGUUGGCCCCGAGAGUGCUGUUUUCCGGGAAUUCAUUACAAUGAAGUUAGAAGAAGCCAACUCUGAUCCCGAUGUUCCCCCUUAUGAUUCCCUUCAGAUAUAUGCUUUUGAAGGUACUGGGUCAGUGGCUGGAUCGCUUAGCUCCCUGGGAUCAAGUUCUUCUGAACAGGAUGAAAGUUAUGACUAUGUUCCUGAACUGGGAUCUCGCUUCAAGUAUGUAAGAAGCCCCUGGGGCUCUGCAAAGAGGGCAAAGCCAUAG